ACACACACGGACUCUUUUAAUCUCUUUCUUUCUUCCUCCCCCAAAUUAAGGUUAGCGUUAGGGUUUCUCUCAGUGUGUGUGUGAGUGUGCGGCCGUCGGAGCAACGAUGACGGGGAAGGCGAAGCCGAAGAAGCACACGGCGAAGGAGAUCCAGGCGAAGAUCGACGCGGCGACGACGAAUCGCGGUGGCGGGAAGGCCGGAAUCGCUGACCGGACCGGGCAGGACAAAGGCGGACACGCCAAGUACGAGUGCCCUCACUGCAAGAUAACGGCGCCGGACGUCAAGUCGAUGCAGAUUCACCACGACUCGAAGCAUGCGAAGAUUCCCUUCGACGAGGAGAAGAUUGUGAAUCGCCACGCCAGCACCAGCACCAGCACCAGCCAGGCUCCAGCUGAAAAGCCCAAGCCCGGCGUUCGCGGCAGCCUCAAGAAGUGAAGAAGGAGCCUAAUAAGAAGAAGAAGAAGAAGAAGAGCAAGGAAGAUGGGUUGUCUUGUUUUCAGUCCUUUCUUUGUGUUUGUGUUUGGGGUUAGAUUGAUGGGUAUGGGAAUAGUGCUGAUGGGUAUGGGUGGAGGUGUGGACUGAUGAUGAUGUAUAUUUGUGUUCUUAUGCCUAUGAUAAUCAAGAUGGUGAUUAUUUGUGUUCUGA